ACAGCCUUCUUUACCUCAUGGGAAGUGUUUUAAGGCUGGCAAUCUCUGCAGUAGUAUUCGUUUCAGCAUCUUGGAAAUAAACCACAGCUUUAUUCUCUUAUUCACCCACGUGGGAUUAAUGCAUAGAUAACAAUAUCUAUACUGAAGAAAAUCACAGGAGAACUCAAACUCUGCUACAACGUCACAAAGAAAGUGUUCUCGAUAGUCAACACUACCAUUUCUUCUCCAGCUCAGAAAAAGCCAGACUCAUUUUCUCUGCUAAAAUGACGACUUUGCAGACUAUCUUUUUUUUAUUUUUCAUUGUGCCUUUGGUGAAGUUAGUACCACCAAUUCAACAAGAGUCACUCAAUCUUUAUGAGUAUGAUACAGACAUUUUCGAAGAACUAUUUAAACAAGAUUAUGAAGACAAAUCCCAGGAUGCAAUAAAGAAAAAGGGAAAAGAUGGCAUGAUUGUUUCUCCUGACUCUAGCAUACAGCUGGAACUGCAGAGAGAUGAGAGUGUACCUAAAGUACCACCAACCAAAGAUACAAAUUUGCCCACUUGUCUGCUGUGUGUGUGUUUAAGUGGAUCGGUAUACUGUGAAGAAAUUGAUAUUAUUGCGAUUCCCCCUCUGCCAAAGGAAACAGCCUAUCUUUAUGCACGAUUCAACAAAAUAAAGAGAGUGGCAGUCUCAGAUUUUGCUGAUAUUCCUACGUUAAGAAGAAUUGAUUUAACUGGAAAUAUGAUAGACGAAAUUGAAGACGGUGCCUUUUCAAAGCUUCUGUUAUUAGAAGAACUUUCACUUGCUGAAAAUAAACUGAUAAGACUUCCAGUUCUGCCCCCCAAGCUAAUUACAUUUAAUGCAAAUUACAACAGAAUUAAGAGCAGAGGUAUCAAAGCAAAUGCUUUCAAGAAGCAGACCAAUUUGUCAUAUCUCUAUCUAGCACACAACACACUGGAAUCUGUACCUCUUAACUUACCAGAGACUCUGCGUGUUCUGCACCUUCAGUUUAACAACAUAACCUCAAUCACAGAUGACACAUUCUGCAAAUCCAACAACACACGUUAUAUCCGUUCACGUAUGGAUGAGAUAAGAAUGGAAGGCAACCCAAUCAUCUUGGCAAAGCAUCCUAAUGCUUUUUCUUGCUUGAAAACACUGCCUGUAGGAGCAUAUUAUUAACCACUACCUAUUAAUUAUACAUGCUAAAACUUAAGUAUGGUAACAGAUGAUCAUUCCUGUUCCUUUUUUAAAUGACUAUAUCCUUUCCCUUAUUAUGUUUUUCUAUAUACCUAAUGAACUUUUAAUCAUGUUAAAAAUGUAGUUCUAGUCUGAAAAAUCACUAUGUAAAAAAACAGCAUCUGCUCACUUGGCAGACCCAAUAUCACCUGUACUUUCAGAUUCAUGUAAGUUUAUGACAGUGUCAAAAGUAUGGGCUUAACCCUGCAACACUUACUUCUGCAAGCAUCCUUUACUCAUAGGUAUCAUUCCUUUAACUUCAGUGGUUUAAAUGCAAUACUCAUAUGAAUAAGGAUUGCAGGAUCAGGCUGUAAGUUUUAAUUACUUUAUUCAUACUAACACUGCAAAGCAAACACAGCUGUGAGAAUGUUAUUCUGACUUGCACAUCAGCAGAAUUGCUAAUUAAGUUCCAAGAGUCAGUCACUCACGCAACUCAAUUGCAAGUUGGAGGCAAUGGGUUUGCACUGGUGUAACUACAACCAGAAUCUGGCUCAAAUCAUUUUAAUUACUGAUUAAAAUCCAUGCCCUGUAAAAAGCACAGGUUCACUCUAAGUCUUUGUCUUGGUCAGGAAAAUCAUUGAAUUCAGAUCAGGCUUCGAACAGAUGAACUUUGUUUUUUCUUUUGGUAAACCAAGAAAGUUUCACUGGAACGCACUAAGAAAAAAUAAAGAUGGACUUUUACAAUGUCACUUUUUAGAAUAGAAGCCAUAGUUCAAUUACUGGAAAAAUGUAAAAAACAGACACAGAAAACUUUAAAAUGCUUAGGAAUAAAAUGCAAAGUUGGUUCUAUCUUAAACUGUAAAACGGUGUGAAAAACUAAUACAAUUAUAUUACCAACAUGGUUUUACCCUUUUAGCUUUUUUCAGAUGCAAGCAAUACAAAGGGACAGUCUCAUAUUAAUGGUGGGGGCUUUUGACUGACAGUUCAGAUUAAAAUAAAGAUAACUACACCCUAAAGAUAUUGAUUCUGACUUAACACAAAUACACAAUUUCAGAUUACUUUUCUUUUUCUGUUUUUGUUUGUUUCACUAGGAAUUUGCACAGUCCUCAUUUGGCUUAGCUGCUUCAUAAAUACAAAUGUACAAAAAAACCUAAUCACUGAUAGUAGACUUAUUUUUCCUGGACAAGUGGUUUAUGAAAGGAGCUUGUUGAAAUAUGAAAAGUUCUCAACUUCAUAGUUAUUUUUUUUGUUUGUCUAGUUAUUUAAAUUUCAAAUACAUAAAGGUAUUUCACUUUGGAAUCACUGUUUUUCCUUAGUAAUAUAAGCCAGUUUACAGUAACAACUUUUUUUUAUUUCCAGUCUAAUUAAACAAUAAUAUGACAGUGCUUGACCUGAGCAACGAAUAUAGUUGAAUUUGAAUAUUAUUAUGUGCACUUAAAAGCCUGAGGUACAGUUAGUAUGCACCUAUGAAAAUUGAAACCUAAUAGGCUUUUUAGUAGUGUCAAAACCAAAAAUUGUUUGACUGGUUUUAAUUUUCUUGGAGAAGAAAGUGAUUAUUUUAUUAUAAUUAUUUAAAAAAAUAAAAAUAAGCCAGAAGAUUUUUUUUAUCUUGAAUACAUAAUUAAGAAAAAUCACAAUCACAUUUGCACCAGUAUUGUUUCUUUUUUUUUUCUUUUAAAUCCCCUGAUAUUUUGAAAAUUAAAUUUAUCACUCUUGUUGGGGUUGAUGAAUUAACUAGCAGCUAGAACACUUGAUUUUCAUUUUCCAUUUAAAAAAAAUUACUCUUGAGUCAUGAAACUCUUAUGCUUUAAAGUUUUUAAUAAAAAAAUAAAAACAUCCACCCCACAGCAGCCACCAUUAUAUUCCAAGUUCAAGUCAAGCUGAUGCCAAAAGGAAAAAAAAAAACAUUUCUUUGUCCUAGUAGUGGCCAAUGUAUAACAGGAAGAAGAUUCAUCUUAACAACAACCAAUGUAAGAGUAAUAAUGUUGUACAUGUAGCAGGCGCACUAUAUCUUGCUCUUAUUCCAAACCUUGAUUAGUAGAGAAAGCUCUUUCCAUACAUAAAUAGGACCAAAGAACAAUGUUUAAAGUUGGUUUAGGAUUGCUUUCGUAUGAAAAAAACAGGUUUUUAUACAUAUUAGAACGAAUCAUCAAUAUUUCUUAAAAAUGCUCUUCAACAGUCAUUAUUAAAGAUUUAUUUAUAUAUUGUACCACAAACUAGCAAGUAAAUUAACUUAAUCUCCUAAUAUUCUCUCAAAAAAGCUAAAAUGCUACAAGAAGACAAGGGAUAGUCUCUGAAAUACUAGUGUAUGUAAUUUUAUAUGGUUUAAUUUAUCGUCCCCAACACAGUGUAGUUUAGCUCUCAAAAGCCUUAGAGUAAUAUAGGAGACGGGCUUGGAAAUUAAGGAAUUUCUGAAACCUCUAUCAUGUACUUGUUUCCCCUUCAUUUCUAAUAAUCUCUUAUGAAGCUGAAUACAGAUUUUUUAAUCUACUGAUUUUUUUUGACCAAUCAUUCUUUUGUAAUCCAUGACUUUUUUUAAUGAAACUUGAAAGUAUUUUUUCUUCCUUAUUAGUCCAGCAGCAUCAGUUAAGAUACAGUAACUCCUCAAUUAACGUCCUCCCACUUAACGUUGUUUUGAAGUUACGUUGCUGCUCCAUUAGGGAACAUACUCAUUUAAAGUUGUGCAAUGUUCCCUUAUAAUGUCGUUUGGCUGACUUUACAAGGGAGCAUUGCACAAGUUCCUCUUCUCCACCUUCUCCCCCUCCCUUCCUCCCGCCCUUCCAGCGCUUCCCCCGCCGCCAAACAGCUGUUUGGAUUUUCUGUGACAGAGGGAGGGAGCGAGCGGGGAAGCUGCCUCCCCCUCCCCCUCCCGGCAGGCAGGGUCACCCAGAACGCAGGGGCUUUAGGGGCUGACAGGGCCCUGGCCUGCAGCUCUAAAGCCCCUUUCGGAAUGCGGCCCUGCGAGCACAGGCUGGAGGAUUCAGGAGGAGCAGGGGCAGCCACGCAGCCAGCGAGAAGCGGCGCUUUCCACUUCAAAGCCUGACGGAGAGAAGCGGCACUUUGAAGGGGAAAGCGCUGCUUCUCUCCGUCUGCGGGCUGCACGGCUGCCCCUGCUCCUCCUGAGUCCUCCGGGCCAUGGAGGAGCAGGGGCAGCUGCACAACCAGCGGCCGGAGAGAAGCGGUACUUUCCCCUUCAAAGCCGGCCAGAAAGAAGUGGCGCUUUGAAGGGGAAAGCACCGUUUCUCUCCAGCCGCUGGCUGCGCGGCUGCCCGUGCUCCUCCUGAGUCCUCCGGCCUGUGCUCGCAGGGCCACAUUCCAAAAGGGGCUUUGGAGCUGCAGGCCAGGGCCUCAGGGCCCCCUUAGCCCAGGGCCCUGCAGCCCCUAAAGCCCCUGCAUUCCAGGUGGCCCUGCCUGCUAGGGGAAGGAGGAGAGCAGCUCCCAGAAUCGCGGCUCCCAGAAUUGCGGCCAUGGGGGCGGUGCCGUGCUGCGCAGAGCCACCUGCACGCCCCCUGCACCAAACAAGAGCUGCCCCAGGUAAGUGCUCUGCACCUCCUGCCUGCCCCAGCUCUGAGCCUCCUCCCACACCCCCACCCUGAGCGCCCUCCCGUACCCUAACUGCCUCCCAGACCCUGCCCUCCCGCACCCUAACUGCCUCCCAGACCCUGCACCCCAGUCCUGAGCCCUAGGGGUAAGACAGGGGCACCUCCCCACCACAGUAUAGUACAGUAUAUAAUGCCUUUUGUCUGCCCCCCAAAAAUUUCCUUGGAACCUAACCCCCCGCAUUUACAUUAAAUCUUCUGGGAAAAUUGGAUUCGUUUAACAUUGUUUCACUUAAAGUUGCAUUUUUCAGGAACAUAACUACAACGUUAUGUGAGGAGUUACUGUAUGUCAGCAUAGCUGAGAGCAGAUCUUGUUACUUUAAAUUGUAUAUGCUCUGUACCAGCAGCAGAUGGCCUUGCCUCUGUUAGGAUUUUAGCCAUUGAUGUAGUGGCACCAGUGUAAACCCCUCGUGUAGAUGCACUGGACUGGUGCAGUGAGUCUGUACUAGUGAUGAUAGAGUGGUGUAGCUACACUGGUGACUAAAAUCUAAGAGACAAGGGCUUACAGGACAUUGUUUUUAUCAAAAUUCUACUUAAAGUAAUUCCUCUUUCAGAGGUGGGGGUGAUAGUUAUACACUUUAAAAUUUACAUAUUUAAAAUCUGGAGAACAAUCUCUAUGAGAUUACAACAUUCUUAUGUUAAAUUAAAUUUUGGAACUGUAAUGUUUGACAGUGUCACUUUAAAACAACUGCAUCUGCCUAUUUAUGUUAUUAAUUUAUUCACAUGCUAUAAACUCGCUGAGAAGACAACCAAGUAUACUGCUCUGUACUUUGUGAUAAUUGCUGAUUGCUUGCUUUAAAAUCAGACACUGACUACAUAACUAUCAUUGCAUUUUGUGUCAGUUUAACAUUUUACUGCAAUCAUCAGUUCAUAUAUCACUUAACAGUUUUAAAUACAGUCCUACCAACUAUCUAACAUCCAUGUAUAAUAUAUAUUUUUUGUGUACAAAAUUCAAACAAGCUUGACCUUCCAGUCUAGUAAUACGAAAUUAUUAUGGCUCUUAAAACAGAAAGUUCUAUAAAUGAGCAACUAACAAAAACCACCUGUGAAUGCUUCAAACCCCAAAGGAAAUAUUUGUAUGGAGACUGUUACAUAUUUGCGGCAUUUACUAAAAACAAACUGGUUACUUGUGGCAACCCAAUCAGCUGACUGUCCCAAAUUCCUUAUCAGACAUUUGAAACAAAUAAAAAACUGCCGUCCAAAGCACUCCCACUUAGUAAUAUUUUAUUGCCCUCCAGCAAAUCAUCAAAACAAAAAUCUCAUGUUCAGAGUGGUCCUUCAUACUACAAUAAAACACACCAUAAGCAACACUGUCAUUAUUUCCAAAUAUGACCCUGUAACAAAAGGCUUCAGUGUAAUACUGUGCAAAGUCAUCUGGUCAUAACAUUCAUACAAAAUCUAACACAACAGACAAAAUGGUGAUGCUGUAUCAAGCCCCAUAGAUUAAGAUGUCUAUUGUAAACUGAAUACUGUAUCAAUCUUUAUUUUUAGUGUAGGUAUAUCCUUUUUUAUUUUCCGUACUAAUAGUACUAUUUUAACCAUUGCUCACCCGCCCCUAGGUGCAUUAAUAAUAAAGCCAAAAAAAUAUACCUUAGCAGUCAAAUUAUCAUUUUUUCUGCUGAUUGUUUGUGACAUCUUUGAACCUCUUCCUGUCUCUCCUAUCUCAGAAAACAUUCCUUAUAUGUCUGGUAAAAAUAUCACAAUGUUGUCAAGAACAAGUGGUCCUCUAAGUCUCUUAAACAGGUCUAUACUCAUUAAUCAUGCUUGGGAAAGUAAAAAGGGUCCCCAAAAAGUAUGUUUUUCUUAAUCCUCUUCUAGUAAUUUUUUUCAUAGAAAAGAAAGUAAUUGUAGAAUCAUUACAUUUGUCAUACUGAUGGAUAAAGAGUGUUCAAUUUGUUAUGUUUACUACUUAUUAGUUAACAUUAAUAUUUUGCAUCAUAAACUCUAAGAAUUGAAGCAAGAAAAUCUUUUCUGUUCCUUAUUAUUCAAGAUGUUCAUUAAUAAAGUCUUUUGCAUGUAAUAUUCAGGGACUAAGAGAAGUGAAAAUGGCUUUCAAAAGGAUUAAGAUCUGAGGUAGUAUCUUAGUGAGAUGUCAGGGUUUUUUAAAAGAUUUUUUUCCAAAUUUUUAAUAUGUAUAUUUACCAGACUUCUAAAUGAACCACAUGCCUAAAUAUGAAAACUACAAAAACUUUUUAGUGAACAAUACAUUUUUGAUCAAAAAAAGUAUUUCUUCAUAUUCUGCUAAUUCAUUUGAACAAAAUGGGUCAAAUUAAUCAGUGAUCUAACUCCACUGAAGUCAAUGCACUUAUAUCAGAGAUGAAAUUGGCUUAAUAGGCCUGUCUUACAUGUUUUACUAGUGUCUUUUAAUUAUCCAUUUUAAAACUAAUCUUUAAUGAAAAUAUUCUUUCAAACAGAACUGUAUGCUUUGGAAAAAUAUAAGUUAAUUCACAAGGAAAUUAAUAAUUAUUUUGAAAGCUGGCUCCAAGAGGAAUUGUAGGACCAACAUUUCCAUAUGAACUUUGGAUUUUUCAUACAUGACAUACUUUUUUUGUAUCUACAAAUUGUCUCUCCUGUCUUUCUAGGCAUAAUAGAAAAAAAUCUUACUUUCAGAUGACAAUAUGUUCAACAGCUCACAAAUCUUUUUGGGUAAAGGGCCACAGUCAACUUAUAUCAUAACACUUAACAUUAAAAAAUUGCAAAUUAACAAAAAACAAAAACACACAAACAAUUGUGUUCUCUUUGUGUUUGACAACACUUUGUCAAUAGUCAGUUUCAUUAUUUCCAUGCAUAGUCAUUUAGUAAAGAUGUAAUUGAUUAUGAGAAGUCCCUUAAAAUAUCAGUGUAACAGAAAAAGACAGGGGGAAAAAAAUAGUUACAUUGUGCAAGGUGCUUUGUCAGGUAACAGAAAUUUUUAAAAGUCAAUUUUAAAAUACAUCAUGUUGACAGUAUCUCUUUAAAUGUUAAGUUUUAAGCUUUAAAAAUUAUCAACUUAAAAUAAGAAUGCAUGCAGCUCUAUCGUUAUUCAAACACUGUUACAAAACAUGGAAAGAGAAAAGUUCACUUUUGCCAAUGUUUUUAAAAGAGCUGCAUAAUAAGUUGCAAUUAUCUUCAAACCUGCCCCCUUUUUAACUUCAAAAUGGAUUUUGGAAUGACUGACAUUUACUGUAGAAAGUUACUAUAUUCAUAGAGUUUACACACUUAAUGGCUGCUAUCAUGGAAUUUACACACAUGAACUAAGGACCAAUAAAGCAUCAUUGCAGCUCCUAGCAUCAAUGAUCCAUAUGCCCUCAUGUCUUCCGCUACCUCCUUCUUUCUGCUUCUUCAUAUAAGACCCCAAAGAGGAACAGGAAUAACUGUGUGUACAGUGAUACUAGUGAUUAGAGCACUUCAGGGUGGCAAGAUCAGUUAGUGAUGGCAAAGAUUUCUUUUUCAUACCAUAAAAGAUUAUAUUAAUCUUUACCCACCACAUUCUUGCUCCAGGACAAAAUUAGGAAAUCUCCCUACGCAUCAGAAAAUAAUUGGGUUACAGAUCGUCUCCAUUGUUACAUUACAACCGAAAACAGAAAAGGGUAGAGUAUUUCAUGGUGGACAGAAGAUAUCUGAGCACGAUAAAAUUACCACAACAUCACCAGUAGCAAAUGGCCCACCAUGUUAGCAUGUGCAGUGCCAUUCUUGCACUGUACCUCUGAGCAUACCUAUGAAGGAUUCUGCAGUAGCUGGAAGAAUACUAGCAAGGAACUUCCAUGAUAAUAUCAACAGUCUUUACUAUACAUAAAAUGUUUAACUAGGGAGGCUAGAUCAUAUUUUAGCCAUGUGUGGUCAGUUAAUUCUAUUACUAAGAGACUGAAUGAUAGAAUUUUGAGGUCAGGUUGAUUUUUGGAGGAAAGUCAAUGAUUGAAAGCUUUCUACAUAACCCUUUAACAGGAGUUAGAAAGAGCAACAAAAACAAAGGAGUUGAGCAUCACAUGAGCAAAAACCUCUAUGAAUGUACUGGAGGAACAAUACAGAACAGUGAUGUAAAAGAGUGUGUUUGUAAUCAUAAAAUAAGAUAUUAAAGGAGAAAAAGAAUUAUGCUAAAUGUACAAAAAAGUAAUGGGUACUCAGCAGAUUUUAGGUUGAACUGAGGUUAAUUCAGAGAAAAUGACUGUUCAGGAAAGGAAGUAAUAAGAAAGGUGGUAAAACUGAUUUAGGGAAGUAUUUAAGAAGGCGAGUAAUGUCCUUUGUGUAUAAUUAUUUUUAUAGCUUAAAAAUUUUACCAAGAUAUCUAUUUGUCAUCUUGGGGCUAAGAAAAAAUGUUGAUAAGUUAGUUAAAUGAGCUUGGCAUAUGCCUACUGUAGUUGUGCAUGUUGAAAUAAAAAAAACAAGGGAAAAGCACUGUGUGUCCAUUCAAAUGCCUAGCACACUUAUGAAUACUAAUAAAAAAUAAGAAAAAUCUAAUAGAAAUACCUCUAAGAGGGUUCCGGCUAUUUUCUAAGUCAAGAAAAAAAUAUUCUCAUAGCCUAAAAGCCAUCACACAACUUUAUUCAAUGGCAGAACAUCCUUUAAACAGUUGGAAACUUCAACUAAAACCUUACGGAUAAAAAAAUAAAGUAAAAUUGUAUUACCAUGAAAGUUCCAUGGCUUGUAAGAAAACUGUACAGGAUCACAGUUCACUUUCAUAAUUCUGUUCAAUGGCACAUCUUUCAUAGCAAAGUCAUAGCGAUUCUUGGACCUUUUAAUGAAUUUAAGCCCCUACUCUAUCUUGAACCACAUAAUAUCAAACUAGUGUUAACCUUACCAUACACAAGCCCUCCUCAGGUACAUUCUCUAUUAAUAAAUCUUAAUUUGCUAUCUCUUCAUUUAAUGAACAUGUUUUUGUUUAGAUAAGUUCUUUUCU